AUGGCCAAAGGGGGAGGGAAGAAGGUGUGGACGUUUGAGGGUUUGUCGGGCACCCACGUGAAUUUGUUGCGUUUAAUCGGUGUUCUGCCGUUCGAGGGUCGGACGCUGGAGUUCAUCGGGAGCCGAAUCCUCGGGCUGUACUGUUUCGUCAUAUCGGCCAUUUACAACACAAUGUACCUGUUUCCCUUCGCGCGUAUGCUCACCAACGGCGACAAGGACUUUGACAUAGGCCUCCUUUGCGAGAUCGUCAUCAUCCAGAGCAUUUGCAUAAAGUACGUGAUAGUGUUUGCAAAGCGCGAGGAGUUCGCGAGGCUGCUGGGGAUGUGCAAGAAGUUGUGGCACCACGUGAGGCCCGAGGAGGAGAGCGGCACCGUAAAAAUGUUCGAGGCCAAGGCUUACAUAAUCAGGGCGUUUUUGAUGUACAGUUCUUCGAUAGCUUGCGUCACUUACAUUGUCACCGGUUACUGUGUCAGGCUGCCGCCCCUCGAGCCCAAUGGGACGGCGCGGCGCAUCCUUCCUUUUCAAUUUUACGUGGACGUCCAAGACGAGCCGAUGUACUCGGCAGUGGCGUGCCUUCAAUCAAUCGUCUGUUUCACCAUCGCGUUGAUUAUUCCGGGCUACGAAUCUACCGGUCUGUUUCUGAUUAUGAUGGCGUGCGGCUAUUUGAGGUGCAUCAGCGACAGACUCUACGCAAUGGCGCUGGACACACACGCCUCGCUAAAUACGGAGCUAAGCGAUGAUGACCGAGAGCAUGGCGUUUGGAAAAAAGGAGUCGCGCGAGGAAAGGCCCUAUCCAGGAAAGACGUUGUGGAGUGCGCUGUGUUUCACCAGGAAACUCUCAUAUUUUGCGAGGGCAUUGAGCGUUUCACGCGGUCGAUUUACAUGACGACCCUCUUGGGUGUACUUUACAAUCUGUCCCUAAUUGCGAUCAAACUUCUCCAGAGCGACAGCGACAGGUUCAGUUUGUUGUCGGUUUUCAUGCUGCAUUCGACGUCGCUCUACAUCUGCCAGUGGAGUCCCCAGCACCUCAUAAACGAAAGCAAGGGUGUGAGCAACGCCGCCUACUUCGCAACGAUGGAGCACGUGGUGUUCGACAAGGAGACCAACAAAAUACUCGCGAUUAUGAUGCUGCGAGCCCAGCGGCCCGUUGAAUUGACUGCGGGAGGCUACGUCAGAUUGUCCAUGCAAACAUUUGGCUCGAUGUUGUCGAACGCAUUCUCCUUCUUCACUGUUCUCCGCAACUUCAGUGGCUGAGGUGAUUUCAACUAUAUAUAGUCCGGCG